AUGGGCAGGCCAGCGUUCUGCCUCUCGCAGGGACGGCACGGCUGGCCGGGAUUCCUGCAGCGCUCGCGGCCGGGGAUGGGCUGUGAAGAUGGGCGGCCUCCAGGACAGCGAUGCCCUGCUGAGUUUGGGGGCUGUGAUCGAUGUCGCCUGCCUGCGGGAAGCCAUCAGGGAUGCCAUCGCCUCCGUCCUGCCCAAAGUGGAGCACGUGUACAUCUACCUGCUGGACGGGGAAGCCCGGCUGAUCUGCGAUGACCCCCACCACGAGUUGCCUCCCGAGGGAAAACUCAGAGAUGCCGUGCUCAAGCAGAAGCGGGUGGAGUGCAGCGGGUUGCCCCCAGCUGAGCUCCAGGGCAAGGCGAUGGACGGCCUGGUGGCACCUUUAUCUCCAGAUAAGCAAGUGCUGAUCAUCCCACUGGUGGACAAGGACCAUGGGGGCGUGGUGUGCGUUAUCCUGGUGCACUGCGGGCAGCUGAGCGAGCCGGACCAGCAGAACCUGCGCACGCUGGAGAAGCACGUGCUGGUGGCAUACCGGCGUGUCCAGGCCCUCCAGAAGCUGCAGCCCUGGCCCCAGGUCAGCCUGUCUACCAGCUCCUCCCAGAACUCGCUGGCUAAAACCGAGAGGGCCACCAGCAGCGACUACAACGACUUGGACCGCAAGAUCCUCCAGCUGUGUGGGGAGCUGUACGACCUGGACGCCGCCUCGCUCCAGCUUAAAGUCCUCAACUAUCUGAAGCAGGAGACCCAGUCGCCUUGCUGCUGCCUCUUGCUGGUCUCCGAGGACAAUCACCAGCUCUUCUGCCAGGUGGUGGGUGAUAAAGUGCUGGAGGAGGAGAUCAGCUUCCCCCUGACGGUCGGGCACCUGGGGAAGGUUGUGGAGGAGAAGAAGUCCAUCACGCUGCAGGACAUCAGCGUGGAGGAGCACAAGCAGCUGGGCAACAUGCUGGGCUUCGAGGUGACCUCCAUGCUCUGUGUCCCCGUCAUCAGCAGAGCCACUGCGCAGGUGGUGGCCUUGGCCUGCGCCUUCAACAAGCUCGGCGGGGAGAGCUACACGGAGGCCGACGAGCACAAGAUCCAGCACUGCUUCUGCUACACGUCCACCGUUCUGACCAGCACGCUGGCCUUCCAGAAGGAGCAGAAGCUCAAGUGCGAGUGUCAGGCUCUGCUGCAAGUGGCCAAGAACCUGUUCACCCACUUGGAUGACGUGUCGGUGCUGCUCCAGGAGAUCAUCACUGAGGCCCGAAACCUCAGCAACGCCGAAAUAUGCUCCGUGUUCCUGCUGGACAGAGGCAACCAGGAGCUGGUGGCCAAGGUGUUCGACGGCGGUGUAGUGGACGAUGAGAGCUACGAGAUCCGGAUCCCCGCGGACCAGGGCAUCGCGGGGCACGUGGCCACCACAGGGAAGAUCCUCAACAUCAAGGAUGCCUAUUCCCAUCCGCUCUUCUACCGGGGCGUGGACGACAGCACCGGCUUCCGGACCAGGAACAUCCUCUGCUUCCCCAUCAAGAACGAGAACCAGGAGGUCAUCGGGGUGGCCGAGCUGGUCAACAAAAUCAACGGCCCCUGGUUCAGCAAGUUUGACGAGGACCUGGCCACGGCCUUCUCCAUCUACUGUGGCAUCAGCAUUGCCCACUCCCUGCUGUAUAAGAAGGUCAACGAGGCGCAGUACCGGAGCCACCUGGCCAACGAGAUGAUGAUGUACCACAUGAAGGUCUCAGACGACGAAUACACCAAGCUGCUGAGCGAAGGGAUCCGGCCCGUCCAACACAUCGAUUCCAGCUUUGCCAACUUUUCCUACACUCCACGCUCUCUGCCCGAGGACGACACAUCCAUGGCCAUCCUGAGCAUGCUGCAGGACAUGAACUUCAUCAACAACUACAAGGUGGAUCGCCCGACGCUGGCCAGGUUCUGCCUGAUGGUGAAGAAGGGCUACCGGGACCCCCCCUACCACAACUGGAUGCACGCCUUCUCUGUCUCCCACUUCUGUUACCUCCUCUACAAGAACCUGGAGCUGGUCAACUACCUGGAGGACAUCGAGAUCUUUGCCUUGUUCAUCUCCUGCAUGUGUCACGACCUGGACCACAGAGGCACCAACAACUCCUUCCAAGUGGCUUCGAAGUCCGUGUUGGCCGCGCUGUACAGCUCCGAGGGCUCCGUCAUGGAGCGGCACCACUUUGCGCAGGCCAUCGCCAUCCUCAACACUCAUGGCUGCAACAUCUUCGACCACUUCUCGCGCAAGGAUUACCAGCGGAUGCUGGAUUUGAUGAGGGACAUUAUCCUGGCCACGGACCUCGCUCACCACUUGAGGAUCUUCAAGGACCUCCAGAAGAUGGCGGAAGUGGGCUACGACCCAAAGAACAAGCAGCACCACCGCCUGCUGCUCUGCCUCCUCAUGACCUCCUGCGACCUCUCAGACCAGACCAAAGGCUGGAAGACCACCAGAAAGAUCGCGGAGCUGAUCUACAAGGAGUUCUUCUCGCAGGGAGAUCUGGAGAAAGCCAUGGGCAACCGCCCCAUGGAGAUGAUGGACCGGGAGAAAGCCUACAUCCCUGAGCUGCAGAUCAGCUUCAUGGAGCACAUAGCCAUGCCCAUCUACAAGCUGCUCCGAGACCUGUUCCCGCGGGCCACCGAGCUGUACGAGAGGGUAGCCAGCAACCGGGAGCAGUGGACCAAGGUGUCUCACAAGUUCACCAUCCGGGGGCUGCCCAGCAACAACUCGCUGGACUUCCUGGACGAGGAGUACGACCUGCAGGGCCUGGGCGAGGACAGCGCCAGGAUGAACGGCUGCCUGGACGGGGAGGGGGCCGAGUGAGGGCCGCCCCAUGCACGGAGGGGCAGGGCGGUGGGGGGCCAAACCAUGCGAUGCCUGAGCCCUUCCUUCCCUGGCCCCGGGAGGUGGAUUCAUGGCUCUUAUUUAUACCAGGAGGUCUUGACACGGCGGGCGCCCGAGCGCCAGGCUUCACCCCGGCCGGGGCCGACUCACAUCAGGGGUUACUAUUCAGGUCUCUCACCCACUUGCUCUCUUUUGUAUUCUGGGUGGCUGUUCUUUGGACUCCUUUUGCUGUAUAUUGACUCAAGCCCUACCUCCCGCGCCGUGUUGGGGACGGCUCCGCGAGCCCGGUAUGUCACGUGCGAGCGGCGAGGGGCUUUCGGUGGGCUUGAGGCUGCUCCGAGCAUGGGGUUUCCAGACACAGCUUCGCACCAUCAAGGGACACGGGGGGCUAGGGAAGCGGGGGCCACAUCCUUGGAUUUGGCAGGAGUUCAGGCUGGGGCUUUUGAGGGUGCGAGAGGGGAGCUCCCUGCCGUAGCAAUCUUCCUACAGCCUGCUUGGAGGACGGCGGCGUGGGGGCCUGGGAGAGGGAUGGGUGCAGGCGGCUCUUCGGGGAGAGCUGCAUCCCUGGGCAAAGCAGCGAGGGGCAGAGCUCGUAGAGUCCCCCCAAAGCUAAGUCCUGUUCUCUGAGCCACCGGAGCCCCAAACUCCUCCUGCCGGCUUUGGGGAGCCCCCCUAGCCUGAGCACCCGGAGGCAGGCGGCAAAGGGCACAGGUGCACCCAGGAGAGGAGGGGCAGGAGUUCUGACAGCCAUCACGUGCUCCUGCUCCACAGAUGCACCUCUCGUGGGGAGGGGGGGUUAGGGUUAGGCUUAGGGCUAGGCUUAGGGUUAGGGUUCCCCAUGCAAAGGGCGUCUGCUAGCUCUGCCUCACUCCUGCAGCUGCCGGUCCCCUGCCGGCAGCAUCCUGCUCCGUGAUGACCAAGUCCUGCAGCUCCGGCAGGUACACCCCACUCAUGGCCUACGGUCCCCUGGAGCCGUACGCUCCACCGGGUCCUUUAUGUCUUCUCCUGCGGCAGGGAAAUCGCGUGUCCUCCCCAGGGGCCGGUCCCUGGGGAAGAGCGAAGCUUUUAAAGGGCUGAAGUCGCCGUUCCCCUGCUCUUUGAACUCAGGUCAGAGGGGUUGGCGCUACCUUGAGAGGCAGUUUCAGAGAGUUUCGGCUGCUCCCCAGGGGAGGAGGCGGGAGGCAGAGAGGAGGAAAUCUCGGAGGAAAGGGAAGAGCAGAGAGAAGGGGGUGGGACAUGGACCUUGCCAUGAAAGCAAAGCAAUUCAGUGCGGAGAGCUGCUCCCCUGCUUUCACCCAGCUUUCUCUCUGCUCCUUUACUUGGGAAUCCAGCCCAAGCAGCUCCCCAAGGUGGGUGCCCCCAUGACGCGCCAGCCCUGAACUCGCUCAGAGACCAGGGCAUCCCUUGGCUGCUGGUCCGAUGCCCAGCAGGCCACAUCCCAGCCUCAUAAAGCAGAGCAGCUCACGGGCCCUUGCCUUCAGCAGAAGCUGCUUGCCUCAUGUCACCCCUCCCGUACUGCAAAGCGGAGGUAGACAUGGCUCCAAAGAGCAUUUACCGGGUUUCAGACCAUUGCAAGGAAGCCAGGAAUAGGGCUUGGAAAAGAGCAUGGGGCUGCCUGCAGCUCCGGGCUGUCCCACGGGGCAUUGACCUUCUGCUACUCCUCCACCCCAUGCACAGCAGGGCAUUACUGAAUCCCAUUUCAACCCAGCUUUGAAGGCUUAAGGUCUGGCAUUCGCCCACCGUACAGUUCCCCCCCGUCCGAUCAAAGCAGCCGCAAGCCUUUCGAGCCUGGCCUGGCGUUCUGACAAUCCCGCCCACGUUUACCUGCUCGCGGCUUGUGAACGUGGCUCCCGUGAUCCAUGGAAAUCCUGCCUCUGGGAACAAGGGCCGAUAGCAACCAAAGACAUUCGACGCAUCCACGGCUGCGAGACACUCCGCCGGGCAGCGGGGAGAGCGGGACCUGGGCCGCGAGGGCUAAUAUGAAGCUAAGCGUCCAUAUAUUUUUGUGUGGGGGAUCAGGAUGCAGCCCCAGGGAGCGUGCUGCUGAGCCAGGUGUAGCCCGCUGCAGAAAUCAGCCGGGGCAGGGGGACAGCUAGGAGCUGGCGUGUUUGGGUAGCCCAACACUGCUUGAAUUUCCAGUGCUGAGACAUGGGGAAGGCUCAGUCCCAAACGUACUGGACAGAGGGGCCUUUCAGGUAGCAUUGGGCCUCGGCUUCCCGCACCCCAUGCCACAGGUUUGCAUCCCAGUGCCGUGCUCUGGGCCAGGAGAAGGGAUUCGCCGGCAGGCGGCCUGAGAUGGGGAUGCUUUUGCUGGCACUGCCACUGGCACACUGCACGGCCUUGGGCACGUCACUGGAUGUCUCUGUACCUCAGCGUCCCUGUCUGCGUACGGCUUCUGCUCCCCUGUGUCCCAGGAAAGGCUGCAAGGCUUGAACCUCUACUUGGAUAGAAAGGGCUGUAGUUUCCCGGGAAGGCCUGGGAGCGGAGCCAUCCUGAACGGAGGUCGUGCAGGACUAUGGGCUAUUCAGUGACCCAUUGCAGCCUGCACCUAGCAAACACCGGCUUCCCGCGUGACUCCUCCCGGGCUCGGGCUACCUGGAGGUUUUCCUCUUGGCUUUUUUUUUUUUUAAAGAGAAAAAAAAAAAAUUGUCUGUUUCUCUGAGUAUCUGUCGCGUGCUCCGAUGUGCGUGGAGAGCAGUGGGGGACUCUGGAGACCAGACGCUAACUGCAACCGUGUAGUCAUUUGCCUUACCUAUUCUCAGUUGCCUUUAGAAAGAUGCUUUGUAUGAAAUACUCCAUAGGACCCUGCCUAGCUCCUCAACGUGAAUGUUGGCCGAUAGCUUCGUGUGUGAGAACGCCUCUUUUUGUCUCUACCAAAAGCCUUCUGAGGGCAGUUGUAAAUAUUCGCCGAGGGCCAGCCAGCGAAGAAAGCGGAGGGCGCCCCACCGGCGACGCGACCCGGAAGGCCAAAAAGACCUGUCCUGAUAACAAAGCUUUCUCUGAUUGUGAUCAGCUCUGUUUUACCUGGAAGAGCUUAUACUAGUUUCUAACCACAAUGGUGUACUAUAGCCAGUGUAAGUGCGCGUGGUAUUAUUUAUCAGUCCUCCAGCUCCCUCUGCAAGAAGAGCAAAGCGUGCUGUGUGUGUCGUGCUUGGGGGCUGGGGUCUCAGGGUCCUGCCUCGGUCCUGGGUGAUGAGGUGGAAAAGGUCCAGGGGAGUAAAAGAAAACGAUCGGUGAGUCAAAUCCCCCUCCCCAGUGCAACUGCCCUGGAGAGAUGUAUUAAAAUAGGGCGAGUGAGACCCAGCCGUAGCAAACUCAAGCGCUCUCAGCUUGCACACACACAGAAGCAUGCUUUUCCUGCAGCCUGGCUCUCUCCUCCCUACCCCCUCGCCUUUCCUUCCCCGAAUCAAAGCCAGAGAUGUCGGCAAGCUGCAAAAGCCCGUCCCCGACACCCCACCAGCUCGACCAAGCGGACAGGAGUGGAGGGGCAGGGGGUCAUCGCAAACCGUCUUGCCCACGGUCCAAAGAUGCUACCAGCCCCCCCGGCUCCUCACGGGCAUCGGGAAGGCAAGCGAAACCAAGCCGUGCCGUGGGCAUUAUCUGAGCCGUGGCCCCGUCCCUGUGUUUCACCCCCCCACCUCUUGCUGGUUUAACGUGGGUGUGUCUGUGUGCGUGUGUUACUUCUCUCCCGGCGCUGUCUCCUCUGUACAGAGCCACCUGUACAUACUGUAAAGCGCGGCUGGUUCGUAGGGGUUCGGUGGCCCAGCGUGCGUGGGUGCGUGUGAAACUCUUUUCCAGCUUUCCUGUCUUCUCUUCUGAUGACAUCGGUUGUUCUGGGGUUUCCUUGUUCCCCCUGAAAUCGUUGUGAAGGGGAAACAAAUGAGGAAUUUUUUUUUUCCUAAUAAAUUUCAUACACCAAA